GUCCUUUUGUUCUUUUCGUCGUAACCGGUGGCUCGCGAAGGUUCCGUUUGGGACAUCAGACCAAACCGAAUCUCUAACCAUCCGAGCCGUUGGAGCGUUAUUGCGGGUCACCGGAGAUCCUGUCAGUGUCUGAGCUCAUCCGUGAACAUAAUCUGACAAAAAAUCUGACUGAAGAUGCCCGACGCCGCCGUAUCUAAGGGUCCCGGCGGAGGUAAAAACAACGGAGGGAUGUACGUGGACCGCGACAAACCCGCCCAGAUCCGCUUCAGCAAUAUCAGCGCAGGCAAAGCGGUUGCUGAUGCCAUCAGAACAAGUCUUGGUCCUAAGGGUAUGGACAAGAUGAUCCAGGACGGGAAGGGAGACGUCACCAUCACUAACGAUGGGGCCACUAUUCUGAAGCAGAUGCAGGUCCUGCACCCUGCCGCUAAAAUGCUGGUAGAGCUAUCCAAGGCCCAGGACAUUGAGGCUGGUGAUGGUACUACAUCAGUGGUGGUGAUUGCUGGAGCACUCUUGGAUGCCUGUGCUAAACUCCUCCAGAAAGGCAUACACCCAACAACGAUCUCAGAGUCGUUCCAGAAGGCGGUGGAUAAGGGCGUGGAGAUCCUCACCUCCAUCAGCCAGCCUGUGGAACUGAGUGACCGCGAGACUCUUCUCAACAGCGCCACCACCUCUCUGUGUUCCAAAGUGGUGUCGCAGUACUCUAGCCUGCUGGCCCCCAUGAGUGUGGACGCCGUGAUGAGGGUCAUCGACCCAGCGACGGCCACCAGCGUUGACCUCCGUGACAUCAACAUCGUCAAGAAGCUUGGGGGAACCAUUGAUGACUGCGAGCUGGUGGAUGGUUUGGUUCUGACACAGAAAGUGGUGAACACCGGUGUGUCCCGCGUUGAGAAGGCCAAGAUCGGCCUGAUUCAGUUCUGCCUGUCCCCUCCAAAGACUGACAUGGACAACCAGAUUGUGGUGUCGGACUACGCGCAGAUGGACCGCGUCCUCCGGGAAGAAAGGGCUUACAUCCUCAACCUGGUCAAACAGAUUAAGAAGGCCGGCUGCAACGUGCUGCUCAUCCAGAAAUCCAUCCUUAGAGAUGCACUGAGUGACUUGGCCCUUCAUUUCCUGAACAAGAUGAAGAUAAUGGUGGUGAAGGACAUCGAGAGGGAGGAGAUUGAGUUCAUCUGCAAGACGAUUGGCACCAAGCCAAUUGCUCACAUUGACCAGUUCACCCCAGAGAUGCUGGGCUCAGCUGAGCUGGCGGAGGAGGUGAGCCUGGAUGGCUCUGGUAAGCUGGUGAAGAUCACAGGUUGCGCCUGUCCCGGUAAGACGGUGAGCAUCGUGGUGCGUGGCUCCAACAAGCUGGUGAUCGAGGAGGCAGAGCGCUCCAUCCAUGACGCCCUCUGCGUCAUCCGCUGCCUUGUCAAAAAGAGGGCACUGAUUGCAGGAGGCGGGUCUCCUGAGAUUGAGCUGGCACUGCGUUUGGCCGAGUACGCCCGCUCACUGGGUGGCAUGGAGGCAUAUUGCGUGCGCGCCUACUCCGACGCCCUCGAGGUCAUCCCCUCCACUCUCGCCGAGAACGCCGGCCUCAACCCGAUCUCCACGGUGACCGAGCUCCGCAACAGACACGCCCAGGGCGAGAAGACGGCCGGGAUCAAUGUGCGCAAGGGUGGGAUCUCCAACAUCCUGGAGGAGCUGGUGGUCCAGCCUCUGCUGGUCUCGAUCAGCGCGCUCACCCUCGCCACGGAAACCGUCCGCAGCAUCCUCAAGAUCGAUGACGUUGUAAACACGCGAUAAGGCGUGUGAGUGGGGGGGUGUGCUGAGGGAAGAUGGAGCACUCCUAAACAACGUGGGGACCUCGCCAACACCUCGCUAUGACCAACUGCUCAAGAGUUGUGGAUGUUGCGUUGUGUAAUUUAAUAAAAUAUUUUUUUUUCUCAA